AGGGGGCGUGUCGGUCGCACCUGCGCGAGUUGGGGGAAGGAGGAGGGGCGAGGUGACGCAGGCGUAAUAAUAGAGAAGGUGCCAGAAAGAUCCAAAACAAGUGGCUGUGGCCAUCGCCCAGGAGUCUUCAGACGCCGGAAUUCGGAAAAGGGGGAGGCUAACACGGCUGGGACUUGAGGGUGGCCCUGCCCGGCGGCACGCAGCAGGAGAGACGCACCGGCGGCAGUGAGGUCCAGGCCCCCGCGUAGCUGACCACAGACCCCGCUGUGUGGGUUCUAGGCCCUCGUUCCGAGCUGGUUCCGCCUCCUCUCCCCCGGGUAUGGCGCUGUCCGGGUCGACCCCGGCCCCGAGUUGGGAGGAGGAUGAGUGCCUGGACUACUACGGGAUGCUGUCGCUUCACCGCAUGUUCGAGGUGGUGGGCGGGCAACUGACUGAGUGCGAGCUGGAGCUGCUAGCCUUCCUGCUGGACGAGGUCCCAGGCGCCGCCGGCGGCCUAGCCCGCGCCCGCAGCGGCCUGGAGCUGCUGCUGGAGCUGGAGCGCCGCGGGCAGUGCGACGAGAGCAACCUGCGGCUGCUGGGGCAACUCCUGCGCGUGCUGGCCCGCCACGACUUGCUGCCGCACCUGGCGCGCAAGCGGCGCCGGCCAGUCUCUCCAGAACGCUACAGCUAUGGCACAUCCAGCUCUUCCAGAGAGACUGAGAGCAGCUGCCGGCGCCGUCGGCAGUCGAGCCGUUCUUCAAAUGCUCAGCAGGAUCAGUGGGAGACAGGUUCCCCUCCAGCCAAGCGGCAGCGGCGGAGUCGUGGCCGUCCCAAUGGUGGUGCCAGACGGCGGCGGAGAGGGGGCCCAGCCGCACCCCAGCAGCAGCAAGAGCCAGCCAGGCCCACCUCAGAAGGCAAAGUGACCUGUGAUAUCCGGCUCAGGGUGCGAGCAGAGUACUGUGAGCAUGGGCCAGCCUUGGAGCAGGGCGUGGCAUCCCGGCGGCCCCAGGCACUGGCGCGGCAGCUGGAUGUGUUUGGGCAGGCUACAGCAGUGCUGCGCUCGAGGGACCUGGGCUCGGUGGUCUGUGACAUCAAGUUCUCAGAGCUCUCCUAUCUGGACGCCUUCUGGGGUGACUACCUGAGUGGGGCCCUGCUGCAGGCCCUGCGGGGCGUGUUCCUGACUGAGGCUCUGCGAGAGGCAGUGGGCCGGGAGGCUGUCCGCCUGCUGGUCAGUGUGGACGAAGCCGAUUACGAGGCUGGCCGGCGCCGCUUGCUGCUGAUGGAGGAGGAGGGAGGACGGCACUUGCCUGAGGCCUCCUGAUCCUGGAUCUGGCGGGAUUGACCCACCUCCCAGCCUCCAGGCCACCUUCACCCUGGAGGACGAUGACCAUCUCUAUCCCUAGAGGACUGUCACUCCAGCAGCUUUGAGGACUGCGACAGCCAGCCAGGCCCCUGGACAGACCCUCCCACAGGAUGUGGGCUCUGAGGCCUAAACCACUUCCAGUUGAGUUUCCUUUCCCCCACCCCCCCACCCCCGCCUGUCCCCACCCCCCAGGUGUGUUCCCUCAGUUUUAGGAGGCCAGGGGGUCAGGCCUGCAGAUCAGAAAGAAAGGGAGGCAUAGCCACACACUCACCAAAGGCCCCUUGCGCAUUGUUUCCAUGGCCCUGGGCUUGUGUGCACAUGCACACUGCUCUUUCUGAAAUCUCCCCGGGGCUCCUGCCCUGGUCUGCUCUGCUUACUUCUUUGGCCUAAGGGCUUCUCUCUCAGGAUCUCUGAUUGUACUACCCCCAACCUUGGGCUUCAGGCAUACCAGUGGGCACUGGAGCUGGGGUGCAUCUGGGGCCUGCUCACCUUGCCCGCACAUUUCUACAGCCAGCCAGGGCUCUGCCUGUUUUCCACACACAGGCCUGGCUCUCCACCUUCUGCUCCCUGGAGCUGCACACAGACUUCCUCAUGGAUCUACACCCAGAGUGUCACAUCUGUUGUGGCAGCAUCUGGCCAAGUGUCCCAUUUCCCUGGAGACCAGGACCAGAAACCAACUUCCUUCUCAGAAAGGGAAGGCAAAGGCUGGGGGCUGAUGGGAAAGGCCUUUUAUGAAUGACACCAAUAAAACUGCCCUGGCUGGGGCAUAGGUGGGCACUGAUGUUCUCUAGGACUCUUUCUUUUAUGUGCUGAAGGAAGGAGCUGAGGAGAGCCUGGUCCCAGUACCAACCUUUGAGUUCUUGGCCUAGUAUAGAGCUGCAGGCUGCUAUUCCUAGUCCUGAGACCAGCACUUCUUGCUGCCCUGUGGCUACAGCUGAGCUGAUGGCUUCCUGCUCUUUCCCCACUCCUUGUUUAAGGGUAUAGCAACUCAAGUUCCUUUAUUUUAACGUUUGGCUGCAUCAGUGGCAUGCGGAAGUUCCCAGACCAGGGAUCAAACCUACACCAUAGCAGUGAAAAGGCCAGAUUUUUAACCUGCUGAGCCAUCAGAGAACUCUGGAACUCAAUUUUCUUAAACGUUACCUGAGAUUUUCCUUCCUAGGGGAGAAGGAAACCUGGACUGGGGAGAUGGGGAUGAGGUGGGCAGGGAUUCCCAGACACUGGCUUUUCUGAGAGAGAAGGAUGUACAGGGAUAGAUACAGUGGCAAGUCCAGGAGUCAAGACCUGGUCCAGCUGGUUGCUGUGUGACCCCACACUGUCUCCAUUACCUUCCCUGGGAGGGAGUGAGGGUCUGUUGGGCACCUAGACAAGAUCUAUUUAAUACUUAGCCACUGUGUGAAGUAGGGUUUUUACCCCAAUGUUUGAUAGGAUUUGGGCUCACAGAGGUGAUGUGACUUGCCAGAGGAGUAGAGAAACACUUGAGGUGGAAAACAGCUCUCCCCUAGUGGAUGCAGUCAGGUUGGGAAGGCAGGUGGGGGCUUCUACCUUCUUUCUCCUUCCAGCUAGGGGACUCCUGGGCUUGGACUGGAGUAGGCUUUCUUUUCACCACCUUUCAAGAUUUGGAGCCUUCCUCUACUGGGGGUUUUCAGCGCUUGAGUGUGGGAGCUGCUGCUUGUCCUCACCUCUGCUGGGCUAAAUUCUGGCAGUUGCCUCUCCCUCAGGUCUUGGGGAAAUUCCCACGACCGGAAUUUCUGAAUGGUGGGCUCCAUCGCUUUACUGGAAAAGUAGUUCUGGCUCUAGCCCUGCUCUAGCCCCGCCCCUUCAGUUUCAUGCUGAAGCCCCGCCCUAUUCUUUAGGUCCGCCCUCCUACAGGCCCUGCCCCUUUCUUUAGACCCCUCCCUCUCCACCUUUUUCAGUUGGAGGCGGGGUUGGAGGGGGUUGCAUCUUUUGUGGCACGUGCAUACCGCGUGCAUACCUCAGACCGGAAGUAAGGGAGCGCAAGCGCGAGUCCUCAAGCCGCACAGGCGCAGUGUGUGCCAGGAGCAGCGGCGGGAAACUUAAGGUGGUGUUGCCGCUUCCAGAGUCUGCUUGACCGCCUGCUCCGUGGAGCUUGCACGGGCUUGUCAGACCCGCGUUGGAAGUCUGACAAGAAGAGUCCUGAGGCCCAGAAGUGGGUCAGGCCCAGGCUUUGAGGACAGCCCAGGGAGAUCAAAGAGCUUCAGGAGUCCGGAAAGAUUCUACGGGGCAUGGACAGGCUGCAGCCAAGGGAAAUAGGGGACUGUGAGAGCUCAGAGGAAGGCAGGCCGUGAUUUCACAGAGAGGAACCUGAAGCUGGCUCUUGAAGGAUGGAUAGGAAUUCAGCACAAUGACAGAGGGGCUAUUCCUGGCAGAGAACAACCCUCGAGGAGUCCUUAGGGAACAUUCCAGAAUGGGAUGUAGAGAGGAGAUGGAAAGAGUCAAAGGUAAGUGCCAAUGCAGAGAGUCAGCUGUGCCUUCAUUGGGUCAGCAGUCACUUGUUACCUCAGUGCCGGCAGACACACAAGGGCCCUGACGAUGACAAUGUGAGGGGGCAACGUGAGGCAGGUCCAUUGUGCCUGGGGCGUGGCAGCAUAUGUUCCUUAAGGCUCCCUGGGCAGGCUAGCCUUUGCUGGGGACCCUGAGAGGACUCUAGCCUGCGCACUGAUUCUGGAGUGCUCCUAUUCUGUGGGGUGAGACAGACUGGGACACCAUGGGUCACAGUCCAGAGUGGCCAGUGACUGAAAAAGCAGCAGAGGCUGGAGGAGCCCAGAUGACCCCUGGGUCGAGGGACCCAGGAAAGCUUCAUAGAUUGGAAAGCUCCCUGUUUUAUUAAAAAUUAUCACCACUACCAGCAAGAUACUUUUAAAUUGUGAAAUACAACAUCAAGAAAAAUACAUAAGGAGUUCCCGUCGUGGCUCAGUGGUUAAUGAAUCCGACUAGGAACCAUGAGGUUGCAGGUUUGAUCCCUGGUCUUGCGCAGUGGGUUAAGGAUCCAGCGUUGCCAUGAGCUGUGGUGUAGGUGAGCUGUGGUGCAGGUCACAGACAUGGCUUGGAUCCUGCAUUGCUGUGGCUGUGGUGUAGGCUGGUGGCUAUAGCUCCAAUUCGACCCCUAGCCUGGGAACCUCCAUAUGCCCUGGGAGCGGCCCUAGAAAAGGCAAACAAACAAACAAAAAAAGACUACCAGCACCCCAGAAGUCCCCCCACUCCCUUGUGUCAUGUGUUCCCUCCUGAUCACAAUCCCCCUCUUUUCCUAGCUAGGAACCCUAUCUUUUAGCUUUUACAAUAAUAAUUUCUUGCUUUUCUUUAACUUUAUAGUUUUAUGUCACUCAAUGAUAUAGUUAAUUUUAUCUUCUUAUGAACUUGAUACAAAUGGAAUCAUACAGUAUGCCCUCCAUUGUGUCUGA